AUGUCCCUUCACAGAUUUCAAAUCAUUUUGCAAUGUCUUCACUUAGUAGAUGACGAUGAAGAGUCGACAGACAAGAUUCGAAAGAUUCGACCUGUUCUCGAAUUCUUAGUAGAUCGAUUUCAGGCAGUUUACCGACCUGGACGGGAUAUUUUGAUUGACGAAACGCUUUUACGAUGCAAAGUAAGGCUAAGUUUCAAGCAAUGUACCCUCCACAAAAAAAAUCGUUUUGGUAUAAAAUUUUAUAUAACUAGUAAAUCUGUUACGGGAUACGUUUACAAUUGCACAAUUUACACGGGGAAGGAUAAGAGUAAGUUCCAAGAAAGGACAGCAAUUUGUAUGUCUGGGGAAACAGCUAAAGAGAUGCUUGGUAAUCUUGCAAAAAUAUUUACCUAA